GGACGUCAUUUUGAAUGUGCUUGAGCGUUUUCACAAUUUGAAAGCUUUGGUUACCGGUGCUGGGAAGAGGUGACGAGACUGAGAAGGUACCCGCUGCACAGAGGCGGGUCUGAGGCUCGGCGACGCCGCCUGGGGUCACCGCACCAGGCCCGGGAGAGUGACCGCCGUGCCCGCGUCUCGUUUCCUCUCCCGCAGCUCCGGCCCCGCUCCGCCCACAGAGUCCGAUGGCGGCGGCAGCGCCGAGGGACACGCGUCAGGUUGGUGUGACCUUUGAAGACAUUGCUGUGUACUUCUCCUGGGAGGAAUGGCGGCUCCUUGAUGAGGCUCAGAUAUGCCUGUACCUUGAUGUGAUGCUGGAGAACUACGCACUUAUAUCCUCACUGGGUUGCUGCUGUGGAGCAGAGGCUGCAGAGGCACCUUCUGAACAGAUCGCUUCUCUAGGCGUGUCACAGGCUAGGACUCCCAAGGCAGCUUUGUGUUCCCAGAAGACGCACCCCUGUGAGAUGUGUGGUCCAGUCUUGAGAAACGUUUUCCACUUGGCUGAGGAUCAGGAAACACAGCACAGCCAGAAACUGUUGAGGUGUGGGGCGUGCGUGAAACUAUUUCAUUUUAGUGCAAACUUUAAACAGCACCAGGAGCAGCACAUGGGAGAGAAAACUCUCAGAAGCAGUGUGGAUGAGGCCUCGUUUGUGAAGAGCUGCAGGUUCCAUGUGUCACAGAAGCCAUUUACCUAUAGGGAGUUUGAAAAGGACUUCCUGACUAUUGUGGGACAUCUGCAGCAACAGGCCACUUGUACUGUCGAGAAGCCAAACACAAUCACCCAGUGCGGGUCAACUUCACAAGGCAGGAGAAGUCAUCACACCUGGGGAGAAUGCAAGAAAGCCCUCAGCCCCAAACACACACUUCUUCAGGACCAGGGGUUCCACACUGGAAGACCUUGUUUUGUGUGCAGUGAGUGUGGGAAAACAUUCAGGUACAAAUCCUCAUUUGUUGUACACCAGAGAGUCCACGCUGGAGAAAGGCUUCAUGUGUGUGGUGAAUCUGGAAAAUCCUUUAGGCAGAGCUCAACCGUCAGUCAACAUCAAAGCAUUCAUACUGGGGCAAGGCAGUACAAGUGCAGCAAAUGUGGGAAAUCCUUACCCUACAAAUCUGUCCUCAUUUCUCCCCACACAUGGUGCAAUGGAGAAAACAGUUACGUGUGCAGUGAAUGUUCGAAAUCUUUUACCUCUAGCUCAGCCCUCACUUAUCAUCAGAGAUCUCACACAGGAGAAAGGCCUUAUGAGUGUAGUGACUGUGGGAAAUCUUUUAUCUCUAGGCCUGCCCUCAGAUACCAUCAGAGAUCUCACACAGGAGAAAGGCCUUAUGAGUGCAGUGAAUGUGGGAAGUCUUUUACCACUAGCUCUAACCUUCAUUAUCAUCAAAGAGUUCACACUGGAGAAAGGCCUUAUGAGUGCAGUGAAUGUGGGAAAUCUUUUAACAAUAGGUGGGUUCUCAUUCAACACCAGAGAGUUCACACAGGAGAAAGGCCUUAUGAAUGUAGUGAGUGUGGGAAGUUGUUUAAAUAUGGAUCCCAAUUGAAUCAACACCAGAAAGCUCACACUGGUGAAAAGCCUUUUAAGUGCACUGAAUGUGGGAAAUCUUUUAACAAUAGGUGGACACUCAUUCAACACUGGAGAGUUCACACAGGAGAAAGGCCUUUCGAGUGCAGUGAAUGUGGGAAAUCCUUUAAUCGGAGAAAUAACCUCAUUUUACACCAGAGAAUUCAUACAGGAGAAAGGCCUUACGUGUGCAAUGAAUGUGGGAAAUCUUUUACCUUCAGCUCCAGCCUUCGUUACCAUCAGAGAGCUCACACUGGAGAAAGACCUUAUGAGUGCAGUGAAUGUGGGAAAUCUUUUAUCUCUAGGUCUGACCUCCAUUAUCAUCAGAGAGUUCAUUCUGGAGAAAGACCUUAUGAGUGUAACGAAUGUGGGAAAUCCUUUAUCCAAAGAAAUAACCUCAUAAUACAUCAGAGAAUUCACACAGGAGAAAGGCCUUAUGAGUGCAGUGAAUGUGGUAAAUCUUUUACCUGUAGUUCCACUCUCCAUUAUCAUCAGAGGGUUCACACUGGAGAAAGGCCUUAUGUGUGCAGUGCAUGUGGGAAAUCUUUUAUUACCACGUCCAAACUGCGUUGUCAUCAGAGAGGUCACAGUGGAGAAAGGCCUUAAGAGUGCAGUGAACGUGGGAAACCUUUUACAGAAAGUCUCAUAUGAACUAACAAGUUCUGUUCCGAGAGUGAGUUUGUAAGUCCUAUUUGUUCUUAAGUCCAACAGAGUUAGCCUAGGUACCCAACUAACACAAUGAGCUAUAUAGUACUGUACUGUAAUAGGUUUAUAAUACUGUUCGCACAAAUAAUACGUAAAAAACAAACAAAAAAUAAAACAUUUUUUUUUCUUUCUUUUUUUUUGCGGUAUGCGGGCCUCUCACUGUCGUGGCCUCUCCCGUUGCAGAGCACAGGCUCCGGACGCGCAGGCCCAGCGGCCAUGGCUCACGGGCCCAGCCGCUCCGCGGCAUAUGGGAUCCUCCCAGAUCGGGGCACGAACCCGUAUCCCCUGCAUCGGCAGGCGGACUCUCAACCACUGCGCCACCAGGGAGGCCCAAAAUAAAACAUUUUUAAUCAUACUUUACAGUACCUUGUAAAGUACAAUACUACCAGCUCCAUCACCAUUGCUUUUUUUUUUUUAAUCAAAAAAGGAAACAAUUCAGUGUAAAGAAAGAAACCCAGAAGUUGUCUGAAAAAAGUGGGGCAAAUGAACUCCUGAAAAAGUUCUGCAUCUUGGUGAUCACAUUUAUUGGAAGCGUUGGAGAAAAUGAAACUGCCAUUUAGCCUAAGAAUUUGUGACUUAUCUGAAAAUCAACUUAUUUCAGGAGUGGAAGAAUUCUUGGUUUUUUCUUAAUAUCAAACUACGCCAGUUUCUCUUUUGAAUAUCUUCUACAUUUAAAGAGGCAAUCAUACAAAAUCUCAUUUUCCACAUAAGGUAGAUUCUUUGUUUCAGCCAACUCUCAAUGGUGGGGCAACUAGGACAACACCAUCUCCCCAGGAAAAGAGCAUUGGAAUAGUCCAUUUUGUUGAUUUAUAUAUUUUUUCAUAUGUUUGUUCAUCAAUUUCUAUAGUUGUCACAGUUUCUUCCACAUCUCCCAAUAUCAUUUAAAUGUAACCUGCCUUGAAGCUCUGUGUUGUUUCUCAUUUUCACUCAUCCAGGCUGAGCCUGAUGAGAUCCAGGGGCUUUUCUACAGUGUUCGUAGUUUGUUGCUGGUCCACAUCGUCCAAAAUCUUUCACAUCACCUCUGCUUUUAUACUUGUUCCUGGACAUCCUGGGCUUGAAAUAAAGAGACUGUACUACUAUAUACAGUACUGUACAGUAAGUACGCAAAAGCACAAGCACUUGUAGAGGAUAAACACACGUUAAAAUAUACACCAGACACAUGAACUAACUCGUGAUUGGACAUGGGAACGAAUGUUCACAUUUCGAAAGCUCACUACUUGAAGGUUCGUAUGUAGGGGAGUUACUGUAUAGGAAAAUGUAACCUCUUUCAACACCAGAGAGUUCACACUACACAAUGGCAUAGAUGGGCAGGAAAUGUGCAGUUUCAGUGGUCAGUAUAAGGGCACUUGAGGAAACUAUCUGAGGAGCCAUCUGUCUGAAUUGACUCUCAUACAUCUGAGCAUGCACAGUGGGGAGAAUCCCCAGUUAUGUGGGGAGGCCAUUUUAUCUCUACCGGCCAGCAGGCCCACACAGUGUGCAUCAGUCACCAACCCAGUUUGCUCAGGGAAGCUGACUCUGUCCCCUACUCUGUUGGCCAAAUUAGGAGUCGCCUGAGCCCUAGGGGAUAUUUCCCUCCUCUUUGAUUACCUUGGGCAUGGACCUGACCCAAUGUUCUUCCAUAGAACAUCAUUUGAGUUUUCUGGCAGCACUCCAACAAAGACUACAAUUUUCAGGGACAUGUUGGUGUCACGUGAUACUUGUGUUGUGUCUUUCCAGCUUGCAAGUCACAGACUCUAGAAGUCUUGGCCACACAUUGCCUUGGCUUGAAUAAUAACUAAGGCCUUUAAGUCCUCAUUAAUUUGGGGAGUUCUAUUCCGGUGUAGGGUAGUUUAUAAAUGAGUACAAAUUUGUGCUCUACAGGCAUGAAGGGGGGAAGAAGAUUUUAUGGGUCACACGCUGUGCCUGAGGAGGGACAGCAUGAUGGCAGAAAACAGCUUGGCAAUUUUUACCAAAUUUGCAUUGCUCCAUAGAGCCUCCUAGGAAAGAAAGACUGCUGGGCUUUCUCUUCCUCAUUUGAGGCCUGUAUCCUAUGUUUUUUAUGAGUCUUGGAUGACUCUAAGGAGGGGGACAUGUGAGAAUCUUAAGAGUGCUUCUGAGAGCCGCAUGAUUUUUUUCUCUUACUCAAGGUAGAUAUCACAGGGUAUCCCAGCACUGUUGAGGGGAUAUUUUCCCCAGGUCUACAAAGAUCCACAUUCCCUGAUGGCCACAAGUCACUGGGCUAGUCUCACUGGUUAUAAGACUGUUGGUUCCAAGGGAAACCAUAAUAGGUAUGGAAACCCUACUUUAGUAGGUAGUGGAGGAGUCUGCAGCCAGCUAGAUGAAAUGUUCCUCUUCUAAAAGUGUAGCCAGAAAUGUUUCUGUGACCGCAGGAUCUGUGUGUACACAAAUCUUGGGACCUCUAGGCAUGCUUAUCUUGUGUAGCUGAGGACAUUGUCAGAGAAAUUAAUCAGGUUUUGUGGAUUGCUGUAGCCUCUCGGUGGUGUUUGCCUCAAGGCCCUUACUGCGCAGGGAAGAAAAAAGAGAAAAGGGGAUUCAUAUUCUGAGGAUGUGGCUCUCUAGACCCAUGCAGCACUCCUCUUGACUUGGGUGGAGACGUUCAUUGCUCCCUAUAUUUGCUGCUACUGAGACAAGACUGACCUUCCAGAGGGCAUGAGGAGAGAGAUGCUGGAGUCAAUACAGGGUUGCCCAACCUAUUUUCCAUAAAGAGUGGGACAUCGGUUUUUUUCUUCUUUUUUAUCAAGCUAAUUUUUAAAGCCUUAUAAAGAUAUAAUUUACAUGUACUCAACAGCUUAUAUUUAAAGUGUACAGUUUGAUAGCUGUUGACAUAGGUAUGAACCUCUGAAAACAUCAUCCUAGUCCCGAUAAUGACCAUAUAUGUCAUUUACUUCAUGUCUUUUUAUAAUCUCUUCUUACUUUUCCAGCUUCUCCAGGUAACCAUUGGUUUACUUUCCCUUA